AUGGAAGGAAAUUCUCCACGUAUUUACACGAAACUUGACAAGCAAACCAAUGCUCAAGAUAUAAUUAGAACAAAUGAUUAUCCAUAUACGCCUAGCGAAAACGGGGAUCAAUAUUUCAAUAACAAUAAGAGAUUAAGUCGUUGGCGAAUUUCAGAAGCACCUCAAGAAAUUUUAAACAUGAUUGCUUCCUCUACCUCUGUACCACCUACCAAAAUUCCUAAUAUGCCAGUUACCAACAUUCAAAAUAUUCCAACUCCCAACAUUCACAGUAUGCCAGUUACUCCCAGUAAUUCAAUGGUUGGCCAUAUCAUGAUUUAUGAAAUGUAUCAACAAGAUCCCCAACUUCUUCCAACGAAAAUCGAUAAGAAACAACCACCACCUCCAUUAAUUCCCUUUGAAGAAUUAAUGACAAAAAUUCAAAGUCUCGGUCUACAAUUCGAUGUUCUUGACGUGAUAGAUCGACCUAACAUUACUUGGAAGGGUUCGGAAAUAAAUGUUGAAUCCUUCCCACAUUAUGAGGUAUUACAUAAGGCUGAGGCGAAGGCCUGCGGUAUCCUUCGCCUCAUGCCAGAUGUAUACUUAAAUGCAAAAUUUUUAAUUCUUGCUGCGGCCAAAGGGUAUAAAGAAAGAAAUAUCCCAUUUAGAAAGGUAGACGCCCAGAAACUUGUAAGAAUUGACGUAAAUAAGGCCUGCAAAUUAUGGGAAUUUUUCAAGCAGGCGGAUUGGAUCUAA